UGAUAGCAACCCUGUCUGUAAAAGAUCCGCUGGCAAACACACCCUUUCUCAGCUGCAGCCUCCCUCGGCUUCUUUCUGGAUUUCUUCCCCACAGCCAAGAAUGCACAACAUUCUUGGCAUUCUGUCACCCAUAUGGACGCUGGAAAUGCAACCGAGAGCAACAGCAUCCGUGCCUUCCGAGAGAGGGUUCAGUUCCUCACCAACGAGAACGUUCAGCUUCAAGACAGGAAUGAAAGACUGCACGACAAGCUCGGGGAGCUUCAGGGGAAAGUGGGGCACCUGGCCGGAUCAAAGACGGACCUGUCAGCCAGACUGGUGCGCAGUGAAGAGGAGAAGCUCAAGAUUUCCAAGGACCUUGUUGAUUUCCAGAUCGAGACCAAUAAAAUGAGAGAGCAACACGAGGCAGAAAAUUUUGAACUGAAAAAUCGGAUCCUGGCCUUGGAGAAUCAUGUUCUGGAGGUUGAACUACAUUUUGAGAAGGUCACUGGGGAACGGGACGCCUUCCGAGAGCGCCUCCGUGCCCUGGAAGCCAACCGCAAGGAGCUGGCGGACGAGUACCUCAUUUUGAAGAGCAAUUAUCUUGCGUUGGGCAAGGAGCAUGAGCAGGAAGUCACCAAGAAUGAAGAGUUGAGUGUAGAGUUACUAAACCUGGCAAACACCAUGAAUUCCCUUCCUCGUGCCAAGGGUAAUAGCCCCAGGGCCUGGGCCCAAACGAAUGAACCUUCCCCUGAGUUGGAGAGGGUCCGUGCUCUGGUCCACCGUCUCUCAGCCCGCAAAGUGAAGCCAGAAGAUGUGGUAGCUUCGGAACAUGAACGUCAGAAACUGGAGAAAAGUCUGUUUGGGAACCAGGGUCACGUCACGGAAGAAAUCGAGAAGAUGAAAGAAAUGUACAACUCCCAACAACAGAAGCUGGAGGAGAGAAUGGUGGCCAUGGGCAAAGAGCUCCAAGAAGCCAAGAAAGCCAUUCGGAACACACAGCACAAGCUAGCAGAACAGUCAGCGGUCCUGCUCUCCUCUCAGAGCCAACUCCAAGAUGUAGAGGCAGAGAAUUCCCGGCUGCAGCUGCAGUUGAAAGAGCUGAAUGAGGAAUAUCGGUCCCGGCUUGUUCAAUACAUCACAGACCUGGCGGAAUACAUGGACAGCAAGGCAGGGGCGACAGCCAGGACCAGCAAAACCUCGUCCGAGCCAGCACACAUGAAGCGCUUUGUGGACAGCAUGCUGAAUGACGUCCGAGCUUCCUAUAAGUCCCGGGAGGAGCAGCUGGCAGGAGCCGCACGGGGCUACAAGAAGCGCCUGCAGAACCUGGUCAAAAGGCACGAGAGCCUGUUGAUUGCUUACAGGAUGCAGCGGGAACAGAUCCGGUCACUGGGCGGCAAAGAGAUGGAGCCUGGCCCGCCAGAACACCACUUUAGCAUCACGGACGCUGAGCUGUUGACCAGCACCUCUCAAGAGCUGAACCGGCUGCGGGAUGACAAAGCCAGACUGGAAGGCCAGCUGUACGAACUGCAGAUGAAGAUACAGUUCAGUGACAAUGCUGGCUUGGGGACAUCAGCCCCACAUACGCUGGACGAGGAAGGCUGGGCAAAGCUUCAGAAGCAGCUCCAGGAAUUCACACGCAACACACAGGAGGAGCUGGAGAAGGAGAGGAGUCAGCUGCUGGCCCGGGCCACCGUGGCGGAAGAACAGCUGGCUGAACUGCAGGAGUAUGUGGAUAAGCACCUUGUGAGGUACAAACAAGAGAUCUUGAGGCUGAGAAAACUCAUGGGAACAGAGGGUUCCCGUGCCUUUAGCGCCGGGGGGUCCGAUGCCCCACUGAUUUUGAAAGCCAAAAGGAAUUUCAGCAACGAAACAUAGUCUCGGCAGCGCCAGCUUCGGAAGGGGUGGCCUGGAUCAUCCUUGGCGUCUGGGUCCGGACGGCGACUGGACUACAUCGGUGGGUGGGUCUGUCCCUCAAAGAGGAUGCUCAAAACCAUCAGCUCCUCGCCUUCCAGAAACUAUUUGUGCUUUUAAUUUCUUAACGCUGCCCUUUCUUCAAGGAGCUCAGGGUGGCAGAGAAGUGUUUCUCCCCCUGCCCAUUUUAUUGU